AUGCCCGCGGAAAAGAAGAUCCACCCCCUCAAGCAGGUGCAGACCUUCGGCAAGAAGAAGACGGCGAUUGCUGUCGCUACGGUGACGAAGGCCUCGCAGUGCAACAUCCGCGUGAACGGCGUUCCCGUCUCGCAGAUUCUCCCAGAGACACUCCGCGCAAAGAUCAUGGAAGCCGUCAACGUUGUUGGCGCACGUCAGUUUGCACGUCUGCGCAUUGAUGUGACCGCUCGUGGUGGUGGUCAGGUCGCCCAGGCUUAUGCCACGCGUCAGGCUAUUGCGAAGGGUCUCGUUGCGUACUUCCAGAAGUACAGGAAUGAGGUGGAGAAGGCUGCGGUGAAGGAUAAGUACCUCGCAUACGACAAGUUCCUCCUGAUCGCUGAUCCUCGCCGCUGCGAGCCAAAGAAGUGGGGCCGUCACUCUGCCCGCACCCGCUUCACGAAGUCGUACCGUUAA